ACUCGGUGGUCUGUAACGCUGAGUCUGACACGGGUUAGGUUGCGUUUUAGGCAUAGCGAGACUCGACAACUCGCCCUCCGUAGUAACUUCCGUUGGCUCUACGGUACGCGAACAGGUGGAAUGCGAGUUUUCAGAGACGCUACCUGUGUAAGGGAGAAGCUCUGUCUUUAGUUAGGUGAUGAGACAAGUGGUCAGAGCUAUUAAAAAACAUUGAGAUUAAAAUAACCAAGUAAUAAAUUUAACAACUGCUGAGUGUAAAAUAAAUAGUCAAAAUGGAUUAAGGAGACGACGAAAGAGUGAUACACGGAUGACCGAUUGUUUUAAAUAAAAUACUAAAUUAUAUGGGCCUGAUUAUAACAAAAGUGUAAAAGAAAACAACAUCAAAAUCACC